AUGUUUGUACUGUCAUUCUACAAUCUCUCUUGCCUCUUGAAUGCCACUCAAACUUUCUCGAAGCAUGCAAUCAAUCCCAGCAUCAAGCGGCGCAGACGCCACCUUCGCCGCGUUCAAGCAGGACGGGAUUUCCAACACUUCCUCAACGAGGUAAACCCUGAGCUCGAGAAAAUCGCCCUCCGCAGCGCAAGCGAUGCCUCGACGGCGGAGGAGAAGUUGAUGCUCGAGCUGUCACGCAAGAAGACGAAGCGGCUUGGCUCGUUAGUGCAGCGCAGCGCCAUCUUCUGGCACGAUCUCCUCAAGCACGAGCUGAUGCACGCGCUGCUAGAGCGCGUCUUCGUCGCCGAUCCCACGGACGGCUACUAG